AUGCGGAAGAUGAAUCGUGAUAUCAGCGAUGCUCGUCCGGACAUCACACAUCAGUGCCUGUUGACUUUGCUAGAUUCGCCCAUCAACAAGGCCGGUAAAUUGCAGAUUUACAUUCACACAGCAAAGGGAGUGUUGAUCGAAGUGUCUCCUUCUGUGCGAAUCCCCAGAACAUUCAAGCGAUUUGCUGGCCUCAUGGUUCAGCUACUUCACCGUUUGUCGAUCCGAUCCACCAACUCGAAUGAAAAGUUGCUUCGAGUGAUUCAGAACCCAAUCACUGACCACCUCCCCCCGAAUUGCCGCAAAGUGACGCUCAGCUUUGAUGCUCCGCUGGUUCGCGUCCGUGAGUAUAUGGAAACAAUCGGAUCGAAGGAGAGUAUUUGUGUAUUUGUCGGGGCCAUGGCAAAAGGCUCGGACACAUUUGCAGACUCGAUUGUGGACGAGAAGAUAUCUAUCAGCAACUAUUCACUAUCAGCCAGCGUGGCGUGCAGCAAAUUCUGCCAUGCAGCGGAGGAUGUAUGGGACGUUCUUUGA